AAUCCAAUUUUGCCAUAACCCAAAUGAAAUGGUGGAGCCCUAAUUGAGCCAAUUCAUCACUGAUAUCAGUGAACCAAAAAGGGAAACUUUUUUUAUUUCUUAGUUUCAAAAGCAUAGUAAAGAAACCCCAUUUGGCUAAAAUUCAGUAAUUUGCAGCUUAAAGGUAUUUUUUUUUCUUCUAGUUUUUAAGGCAUAGUAGAUAAACCCCAUUUGGUUACAAAAUCAAGAAUUUGCAGCUUAAAGAUUUUUAGUUUUCAAGAGUGUUACACUUUUUGGCUCUGCGGUCAUGUACACUACUUCGUGAUGGGGACUGAAGAUAAAACGUUGUUUUGUUUCUGUCAUUGGGGUGGGAAGAAUAAGGUGCUUCCAGACGGAUCCACUUCGUAUGUGGGAGGUAUUACUGAUCAGAUUAUUGUGAAGACAGGCAUAAAUUACAAUGAUUUUGUGAAUGCAGUUUUUGACCGAUUAGGCAUCGAUCCUUCAGAUAAGGUCCUCCAGUUUACAGUGAAGUUUGAUAAGGCCCAAUUGAUACGGCUGAGAGACCAAGAAGGUGUCGAUACUCUGAUACAAUACAAUGAUGGUUUUGCCCAUGUUUAUGCUUCAAGUUCGGAAAAGCAGCCUAAUUCUGCAGUUGCUCCUAAUAUGGCUACCACUAGGGUCUCAACCACUGAGGUUGAAGCGGUCUCUCUCGGAAGUGCUGAGGAAGAACAAGUGAGUGCUGAUACUCCAAAUCCUACACCAUCGAACCAAUGGAUUACUGAUGGAACUCCAGAUGCUGCUGCCAACUGGAGUGAAAUACUUGUCGGGGAAGGGCAAGCUUUUGAGAAUGCGGAUGCUUUUAGGCUUGCAGUUUUCAAGUACUCAAUUGCGAAUAGAUUUCACUACAGAAUUUUGCACAAUAAACCUAGAUAUAUUAGCAUCCAUUGUGCUGCGGAUGGCUGCCCAUGGAAAGUAAGUGCUGGCAUCGAGAAGAAAUCUCAAAAUGUAUCCAUUAGGAAGUUUGUCGAUUCUCACUCACAUCCUCCUCUAGAUUCAUCGCAACUGAAGCCUCGGAUCAGAAUGAAGUGGUUGGGGGGUAUCAUGCAAGAAGACAUAUUGGGCAGUCCUGAUUGUUUGCCUCGUAAAGUGUGUGAGGAUGCUGAGAAGAAUUUGGCGAUCAAAUUGACCUAUCGUCAGGCUUGGAGUGUGAAGCAGCGGAUUAGGGAGGCCAUCAAUGAGAAGUCAGGUGAGUCCUAUAAAUUGAUUCCCUGGCUAUGCAACCGCUUAAUAGAGGCAAUGCCCGGAACUAUUGCUACUUGGUGCUGCAGUGAGGAAAACAGAUUCAAACGGCUCUUCGUGUCAUAUGACUGCUCAAUACGGGGCUUCCAUGUUGGAUGUAGGCCUUUGAUAUUUAUUGAUGUUUACAACUUGAAUGGGUUGCACAACAGUUCCUUUAUAGUUGCUUCUGCUUUGGAUGCGGACAAUGAGAUGUAUCCUCUAUCUUAUGGCGUUCUCCUGUCCAUGAAUGAGGAAGAUCUUCUGUGGUUUCUAGAAAAGCUAAAGCUCGUUGUGCAGAACCGUGAGGUCGUCAUAGUUUCUGGCACGAGUCUCCCUUUUCUCUCCAGCUUGGACGAAAUGUUUGGUGAUGAAAACCACAGUUUCUGUUUCCAUUGCGUAAAGGAGAAUUUUAAUAAAUUCAUCGAUGGCAAUACCGCCUUUAAAGUGCAGGGAAGAGGUAAGGAGAUUGCACUUAAGUACUUGACAGACAUAGCCUACGCACGAACACUAGAUAGUUACAAUGAAGCGCUCGGCAAGAUCUGUUCUUUCCGCAGGGAAUUGUACGAUUGGGUAAUAGCCAGCCAGCCAGAACGUUGGUCUAAUGCCUUAUUUAGUAAACCUCGGUGGGAUCAUCUGAAUUGUAAAUCUACCGAUUCUCUGAACUCUUUUAUAGAAGAGGAGAAAUUUGUACAUGUUCUUGAGUUGAUGGAGGCUUAUCACGAGAAGCUUUAUAUGUUAUUACAGAGUAACAAGCUCAAGAUCGAACAAUGGAACCUUCCAAUCGGUCCUCGGGUUGCUGAGAAGAUUUACCAAAACCAAAAAGUCAGCGAUAACCUAGCAGUAACGGUUCUAUCUGAUAUGGAGUUCAAACUACAGGAUCUGCAGGGUAGAGAAGAAGUCGUAAACCUCAAACUCUGGACGUGUACAUGUUUAGAGUGGCAAAUGACUGGCAUUCCAUGCAUCCACGCCUGCAACGCGAUUGCAAUGACAAGUAUGGACAUCUAUCAGUACGUUGCAGAUUGGUACAAAAGGGAGACACAACAACAUAUAUAUGCAGAAGUCAUGGAUGAACUCGCGAAAUUUGAUAUACCACAUCCAGAUGACAUUGUUUCGUCAGCUUCAUCAGGUAAUGACGUAAUGCUGUGUCCGCUUUCACCCCGUAUUAAAAGACCUCCUGGUCGCCCCCGGAAAGACCCCAAAGGACUUCAAGUAGAAACCGUAAAAAGACCCAUACGCUGCUCAAAAUGUGGCGGUGUUGGACAUAACAAACGUACUAAAUGUAGUUCUGUAGCAUAGUAAACUUCAAUGGGGUUCUUGUAAGACAUAUUAUGAGUGUUGGUAGUAUUUUGAGUCCAACUAUAUGAGCUUGGUCACAUUGUUGAUCUCAAGCCGAGGUUGCAAUAGGUUGUUAGCCAGCGUAAAGCUAGUCGAUGUAUGAUGAAUUCUCACAAUACAAAUUAUUUUUUGGGGACGUGCUUAAAUGAACGUAGUUUUUUA